CACUCGACAACCACGAACACCACAAGCAGCAGCAUGAACCAACUGACCACAGGUGUUCUCCUAGCAGUGCUGGGCAUGAGCUCUGCAGGCCUGCUGCAUGGACUAGGGCCCCUGCAUGGUCCAAUUCUGCCUGGACCGGGACCCCUGGCUGGACCGGGACCCCUGCCUGGACCAGGACCUCUUCCUGGACCAGGACCUCUGUCUGGACCUGGUCCCCUGAGGUUCGGCCAUGGCCCCUUGCCUGUCUAUGCACCUCUGCAUGCUCAUGCCCCCCUUCACCUAGGGCCUGGCCCUCUGCGUGGACCAGGCCCGCUGCCUGGACCAAGCCCACUGCUUGGACCAGGCCCCCUGCCUGGACCAGCUCCCCUGAGGUUAGGUCCUGGACCCCUACCAGGUCCAUUGCCUGGUCCAUACCAUGGUCCUCUGGAUCAUGGACCUGCUCCUCUGUGGCAUUAAGUUGCUUCCGAUCGACAUUUCUCUGUCACUGUGUUAGUGUACUCCUGUUUGAUGAAGUACUAAAAUUUUAUUUAAAUAUUCUCUGUUAAGGUAUUUGUGUUCAAUUAGCUUCCUCCUGUGUAUAUAACAGUGUGGAAAUAAUAAAAUGUUUGUUAACGUUUA